AUGGGACGCUGUUACUGGGUGUUGCUUCUGGUCCUUUAUAUUCAAAAUGGACAUUUUGCAACACCAUGCUACCUAUGCAGUUGCUUUGCUGUGUACACAGAUCGUGCUCAGACCAAUCUGCUGAGGCCGUAUGCUACUUCAGAUUUUUAUAAUACCACUGAGGUGGAAUGCUUGGCUGCCUGCCUCCGAGAAAAAGGGCGCUGUAAAGGAGUGGUCUACGGAUUGGUUGGUGAUCGGGAAAUGUUUAUAUGCGAGCUUUAUCAACGCAUCAAGCUUACCCAUCUGCUUUAUGCGCCAUUUACAAAUGUCUAUGUGAAGAAAAGUAUGAAAUGCACAGUGCCGUGUAAGUUCAUGUCACUUACGCUAGUUUCUGAAAACGUAAUUGAAUGA